UCAGUCAAUCUUUGAAAUUUGAUCCGGCAGUAGGGUUUCUGAGGCGCGAAGGGCGUCCUCUUGGGCAAGCGGCAACCUUUAUUUCCUCCGCGCCAUUUCCCUCCAGAUUGAAACGGCCUUUGAAAUUUGAAACCGGCGGUCGGGUUUCUGUGAGCGUUUCUCUACUUGAGCCAUUUCAAACAAUAACAAUGGCGUCUAGCAGCAGCACCAAUAACAGCAACUUCGAUAUCCCAUGGGUGGAGAAGUACAGGCCUACUAAGGUCGCCGACAUCGUCGGUAAUGAAGACGCAGUCUCUCGCCUCCAAGUCGUCGCUCACGACGGCAACAUGCCCCACCUUAUCUUAACCGGCCCCCCUGGGACUGGUAAAACAACAAGCAUUCUGGCUUUAGCACAUGAGCUUCUGGGCCAAAAUUACAAGGAAGCAGUUCUAGAGUUGAAUGCAUCAGAUGACAGGGGUAUAGACGUUGUGAGGAACAAAAUCAAGAUGUUUGCUCAAACAAAAGUAACGCUACCCCCUGGCCGGCACAAAAUAGUUAUUCUUGAUGAAGCUGAUAGCAUGACAGGUGGAGCACAACAGGCACUUAGGCGGACAAUGGAAAUCUAUGCAAGCUCCACUCGGUUUGCUCUUGCAUGCAAUACAUCUUCUAAAAUAAUUGAGCCAAUCCAGAGUAGAUGUGCCAUUGUUCGAUUUUCAAGAUUGUCCGAUCAGGAGAUACUUAGUCGCCUUCUGGUGGUGGUUGAAGCAGAAAAGGUUCCCUAUGUCCCAGAAGGUCUUGAAGCCAUCAUUUUCACUGCUGAUGGUGAUAUGAGACAGGCGUUAAAUAACUUGCAAGCUACAUACAGUGGAUUCCGUUUUGUCAAUCAAGAAAAUGUCUUCAAGGUCUGUGACCAACCUCAUCCAUUGCAUGUGAAGAACAUGGUUCGCCAUGUGCUUGAGGGGAAAUUCGAUGAUGCUUGUGCUGGUUUGAAGCAGCUCUAUGAUUUGGGAUAUUCACCAACUGACAUAAUUACGACCCUUUUUCGAAUCAUAAAGAAUUAUGACAUGGUAGAAUAUCUGAAAUUGGAGUUCAUGAAGGAAACUGGGUUUGCCCAUAUGAGGAUAUGUGAAGGAGUUGGUUCCUAUCUUCAGCUGUGUGGCCUCUUGGCUAAGCUUGCUGUCGUUCGUGAAACAGCUAAAGCAGCAUAGUAAUUGUAACAUGUACCAUGAGGUUGUUAAUGGUGAUAACUAUGUAAACAUUGGCAUUGUUCAGAUUUUGAAAAACCUACAUAGUGUGUGAGCUUUGAAGUC